GGACACUUUGUAUGCCCAGGUGAACUUCUGACUUAAAAAGAGGGAGUAAGAGCUAAAGGAACCCAACUGAACAUUUAACUAAACUAAUAUAACUUAACAUCAUUCCAUGGCAACUCAUCAGUCGGAUUUGCCACCUCCCUACUACUACCCGGAGAGCGCUGAGAGACCCCCUCCAUAUGCCAACAUCCCCGGGGCCCAGGUGUGGCAGCCGCCCCCCCCACCACAUGCCCUGCCACACUACACUCCACAGCCUGCUCCUGUGGCGCACAUGGGCCCCGUGACCCCCGUCACCCCUGUCACCCCAGUUAUCAUCACCCGUGGAGCGCCACCUAGGUGGAAGUCACCCAGCAGGAGUAGGACGCGCUGCUACUGUGGCGUCGUUGCCAUGAUGCUCACAUUCACUCUGGUCGGCAUAGCAGUCUGGUUGGGAUUGCGAUAUGGGAUAGGAUUUCUGGACAGCCCUCCCGAGGAGCAACCUCCAGACAGCUGCCCCACCAGCCGUGUGCUCUGUGACGGAUACAAGGACUGCUCGCGGGGGAGCGAUGAGUCUGUCUGUGUGCGCUUCGGGACAGACAACCAGCUGCAGGUGAAGACCUCUGAAGAGGGAGACUUCCGUCCCGUCUGCUACCAGAGCUGGAGUAAGCAGCUAUCCGAUCUCACCUGCGCUCAGCUGGGCUUCAGGAGAAGCCACAGCUAUGACGCUGUGAGGGAUUCAUCAUUGAGAAGUCUGUCAGCCUCAUAUAAGUCAUCUAGAUACAUACAGGGCAAGCUUACAAGCAGUUCUUCCUGUCCAGAUCAAGAGACUGUGGCGUUGGAAUGCAGCAACUGCGGACGGUCACAGUUCUCCUCUAGGAUCGUAGGUGGCACUCAGGCGCAGCUGGGGCAGUGGCCCUGGCAGGUCAGUCUGCACAGAAGGACUGGCUCCCACACCUGUGGAGGGUCUCUCAUCGCUCCAGAUUUCGUAAUAACGGCGGCCCACUGCUUCCCCAGCUCAGACGCCAAGUUACCAGGCAACUGGCUUGUUUACAUGGGCAUGGUGUCUCAAUAUCAAUGGUACCUGCCAGCACCAUACUAUGUGGAGAAGAUCAUCUUGCAUAAGGACUACGAUUCCGACUCCAACGACCAUGAUAUUGCCCUGCUGAAACUCACCCGAUCUGUGGCGCCCUCUAGCACGGUCCAGCCUGUGUGUCUACCGUCGUAUAAUCAGAUUUUCCCUUCUGGAACAAAAUGCUGGACUACCGGGUUUGGAACCACAUACCAUGGGCAAACGAGCGGCUCUCGCAGUCUUAUGCAGGUGGAUGUGGAUCUGAUCUCCACUGCUGACUGCAAUAGAUAUAAUGUAUACGGAGGCCAGAUCACCAACAACAUGCAAUGUGCUGGACACCUGGAGGGCGGGAAAGACUCAUGCCAGGGAGACAGUGGUGGCCCACUGGUGUGUGAAGACGACGGCAGGUGGUUUUUAACUGGCAUUACAAGCUGGGGAGAAGGUUGUGGACAGAGGAACAAGCCAGGUGUUUACGCCAACGUCAACAGCCUCAUAAGCUGGAUCUAUAGCAACACACAGUUGGAGAAGCCUUGAUGACAGCGGACCCUCUACACUCGUGAUACUUUCACUCUUGCAAUGAAGCUGAACCGCACUUUAUUUGUAACAAUUGCUACGUUUACAUGAGACAUUUAAUUCGGACUUAAUUGUUUUCAAUUCUGAGUAACGCUUAUUUCGGCUUUGAAAACGUCAUGUAAACACCUCUUGAUUCAAAAUUUAAGGAAAGAGCAAAGUAAACUCGACAGAACUAUUUAAUUCGGAAAUAUUCAUUUGGAAUUAAAAACAUCAUGUAAACAUAGUAAAGAUGUGAUUAAUGUAUGUUCACCUUGAUGGAAUAACUUACUACGGAGCCCAUAAAGGGACAUGUCUAAGUAAAAAACCCUGAAGUGUUUCUCGUGCACACCUGAAACUUUUCGGUGUGCACAUGACGGGAACGUUUCUCGUGCUCAGAAGAAUGUUUUGUAUGCGCAAGAAAACGUUCAGCUCCGCACAAGAAACUUCUAGAUGCACACAAGAAAAUUUCAGCAACCCUUCAAGGGUUUUUAUCGUCACAUGUCAUUUAAAGGGCUCUAUAACCUACUGUUCCUUGAGCUACAGACACUAAAGAGGCCGAUAUGCACAAGUGAGUGCGAUUGCUGGCUUGAGUGUGUGGUUCGUUUCUUGAUUCUCACAAAGAUCAGCACUUAAAGAUGCAUACACAAGUUAAACUGCUCACCACCGCUGUCUCUUGAAAGUUGUGAAUACAAAGACUCUCACUCCCAUCCACCUCAUUACCACGCCCACUAACCUCGCCCAUUUCAAUGUUUUUCAUGCUAUCACAUAAGGCUGCACAAUUUAUCGAAAAUGUAUAAAAAUCACGAUAUAGUGGCGAUAUGCAUAUCGCGAAAAUGACUUAACUAUCGAUAACAAGUCAACAUUUUCUGUGCUGUCCAAUCACUAGCUGAAUGUCAACAAAUGUGCGAGAAGCCCGCCACGACCAAAGCAGCACCCCCGCACAGACAGACAAAUUGGUGACAAAAAACCCUUGACUAUAUUUCAAAAUAAAAUAAAUAUCGUUAUCGAGGUAUUGCGUGCUGUUAUCGAGUAUCAAAUUUUGUUCUGAUAUUGCAGCCCUACUACCACAGGAUUUCCGGUGCGCUGGUUCCAGUCAGGCUGCCCAUAGCCCUUCUGAAUGAUUUAGCGCUAGUAGGCUACCUGCUACCCAAAUAGUAAUGGCGCUGCCCUUAUAACUGUGGAUCAUGAGGUGGAUAGAGAGCAUAGCAAUCUACUGUCACGUCCCAUCCAGUACUCAUAGGGAAAAUAUACAUACAGUACAACUUACAAUGCGCAUACUAUAAAAGUGGCCUAUUCCUAAUAUUCCUCAUACACAAGUAACCCAUAUACACCUUCAAUGUAACAUAUACGUACAUAUAAACAUUGUACCGGAAUGCGUGAGUGCUUACCUAUGUGGCAUAUACUAAAAGUGGUCCAUUUUUACGUAUAUACAGCUUUUUAAAAUUUGUAUAGCAUGUAUGUUUUCAGACCUGAAAUAUAGUAUCUUUUACCUAUGGGUAUAGGCCCCAGGAGAGCUUAUAGCACUGAUCUCCUCAGACGAAGAAAAAUAAACAUCAUUCAAGUUCCACAAAGAAGUCCAGUUGCUCACAGCUGAAGGGAGAUAGCGAUGGGGAUGGGGAUUUACUAAUGGAGGACAAAAGAUGUGACAAAGGUGUGGGUGACACAAAUAUAGUAUUUCAAUAAUAAGUUAAGAUGCACACAACUGGACUUGUUUUCAGUGCUUGAAGACAUUUCACUUCCAGCCCAAAGACCUCUUCAGAUCUUCAAUCUUCAGGGACAGGACAAAGAUAAUAUGGUAAUACAAUUGAUGAAGGAAAGGGGCAAGCACAUUAGUGUACUUGUCCAACAAGUUACAAGACUGGUCUCAGCAUUUUCAGAUUUACAUGUAUAUACAGUAUAUAAAAUAAAUAUUUUGUCCAGAA